UAAAAUUAUGUUCAGUCCCCUGGCUAUUCAAAAUGGCGUUCUCCGCAGACGAGUUGCACGAGUUGCAGAAAAUUGGAAAAAGGAAAAGAACUUCAAGCCUUGGUUCCUUUACAACAUCAUGUGACGAACAUGAAGAACUUGACCCAGGUGAACAAAGAGUUGAAGAUGUCACCAUCCAAUUUUUUUACAAGCCAAGGACUAUGACUCUACUCUGUGGAAUACUAAUUUUUAUGUUGUAUUUUGCAUUUGCCAGAGAUGCAGAUCAAAACCAACAUGACAAUUUCUGGCAUGGCUCACUUGCUGUUUUUGUGGUAUUCAUGUUGUUGAGUUUGUUAAUAUGCCCAAAUGGUCCGUUUGUGCGACCACAUCCUGCUGUAUGGCGAUUGGUGCUUGGAGCAAGUAUUGUGUAUACAUUAUGUUUGACAUAUGCACUGUUUCAAAGUUACAAGGACAUCAUUGCCAUGCUUCACUAUUUUGAUCCUAGUUUAAAAGAUGCCAAACCAGAGACUGAGGUGUAUGCUGAGGACUGCUCAUUUCAAGUUGUGUGGUCUCGCUUAGAUAUUUUUGUUGUAGCCCACUUUCUUGGAUGGGCAGUGAAGGCUUUAAUGUUAAGACAUGCUGGACUGCUGUGGUUAUUAAGCAUCAUGUGGGAAUUUACAGAGAUUGCUUUCUCACAUCUUUUGGAAAAUUUUAAAGAAUGUUGGUGGGAUUCGAUUAUACUUGAUGUUGUUAUAUGCAAUGGUUUGGGUAUUCAUUUCGGUUUGUACCUCUGUAAAAAAUUGGAAAUGAGGGAAUAUCGUUGGGAAAGUAUAAAAGAUAUUCAGGGAGCUUCCAAGAAAAUUAGAAGAGCUGUGUUACAGUUUACGCCUGUGAGCUGGACAGAAGUACGAUGGUUCGACCCGAAAUGCAUAAAGAUGAGAUAUACGUCACUAUGUUUGCUAUGUAUCAUCUGGCAGAUUUCAGAGUUGAACACGUUCUUCUUGAAGCAUGUGUUUGUUCUUCCCACUGGUCAUUAUCUCAAUGUUGGACGUGUUGUUCUAAUCAGUUUAGUUGUUAUGCCUACCCUCAGGCAGUUUUACUUAUAUGUAACAGACACUAGAUGUAAAAGAAUUGGUACCCAAUGUUGGAUGUUUGUUUGUAUCACCUUCUUCGAAGCUAUUUUAUCUGUGCGCCAUGCCAAGGAAUUGUUUUCCAUGACCGAAUUUACAAAAGUGGCUAUCUGGAUUGUCUUUCAAAUGUUCCUGUGUUUUUUAUUGAUUUAUUAUCUUGUUAUAUGGCGUGAAAAGAAGUCAGCUAAAAAGGACUAUCCUGUGGAAUUAAAAAAACAAUCGACGAAUACUUACAAUCUUCGUUUUAAAGAAGACACGAUGAGUCAAGAUUAUGAUGGAGAUGCAGAAGAGAAUUUUGAAAAGCUGAGAAAAAGAAAACCGCUCCACAGAGCAGCCAAAGCAAAACGCUAAAAUCAUCAAACUUUUGUAUGCCGUUGGAUUGAUAGCAUUGAAUUUGAACGAGUUCCAACAUUUUGGUCGACGUCAGGAAGAGCUUAUAUACAUGAUGUGACUGACACACGUAUAACUUUUAAAAAAUAAAAUUUAAUUUCUUAAACAUUUCAUCUUCGUUUUUAUUCCAUUUUAUU